AACUACAUUUGUUUGUUGGCAUGUCCCUGCCCCAAACGUUCGACAAAUCGCAGCUCGUGGAGUAUGGAGCCGCCUUUAUGUACUACAUGGAGAAGCACAAGCUGCUGGAGGUGAUGAGCCGUCUGCUGGCGGAGGUCUCGGAGCAGCCUGUCGAGGAUCUGCGCCGCUGGAUGGGUCAGAAUAUACGGCGCAUUGGGGUGGACAUCUACACCAAGAACCUGGAUGCUGUGCAUCAUGGAGUGCGGGGAGACUUCUACCAGCUGCCAUGUGCAUUCCAGCAUCGUCUUGUGCUUCAUGGCAGACCGGGAUCGGGCCGGCGAUCGCUGGCUCAUGCGCUGGCCAAGCGCUGGAACCUGCUGAUCAUCGAUGCAGAUGUCCUUGCCUACCACAGCAUCAACGGACAGCCUCAGGACGAGAACACCCGCCAGCUACAGGCAGUUAUUGAGAAGGAUUGCGUCUUCGGGCGCUCCGAGGCCAUCGGGAAGCUCAUCCAGAAGCGGCUGCUCAGGGACGAUGCCCUGCACCGCGGCUGGAUCCUCAUCAACUACCCGAACAACAGCUGCGAGGCCCGGGAGCUCUUUGAGGGCUUCACAGCGCCACCCAACCACCUGAUCUUCCUGCGCAUCGAGGAGCGUAUGGCCCGCAUGCGCAUUCUCGUGAAGAGCUACGCCUCGGGGCCACAGGCGAAUGUCACCUACCUCGACCGCCAGAUGCAGCAGUUCCGCAAGAGUGAGCCGCUCCUCAACGCUUACCUCAGCCAACGACGGGAGGUGCUCUACGUGGAUGCCACGCCCUGCUUCGAGGAGGUCAAGUGCCACAUCCUCUCGCAGCUCACAAAAAUGCCCUACGUCCUGGGCUUCAAGUACGGCGAGGCCAAUGUCACCGUCUGAAUAAGCGACAAAAACUGAAUCUGAAUCUGAAUCUGCUGCA